AUGCGCGCCCUCACUCUCCUCGCUGCCCUCUCGGCAGCCGGUGCCUCUGUCACCGCCUCCCCCCUCGGCUCUCCCAAGCCUCCCAAGCCUGCCGGGUCCGACAUCAACCCCUUCGUAGGCAAGAAACUCUUCGCCAACCCCAAAUGGGCCACCAAGCUCGAGGACACCUACAGGUCCUUCACACAAAAGGGCGACCGUGCCAACGCCGCCGUGGUCCGCAAGGUCCAGAAAACCGGCUCCUUCGUCUGGGUCACCUCACGCUCGGGCCUGUCAGAAAUUGACGACGCCAUCCGCUCCGCGCGCAAUGAGCAGCGUCGGACUGGUCAGAAGCAGGUCGUCGGUCUUGUGCUGUAUAACCUUCCCGAUAGAGAUUGCUCCGCCGGUGAAUCAGCAGGCGAACUAAGCAGCAAGAACGACGGCUUGAGGAUCUACAAGGAGCAGUUCAUCAAGCCUUAUGCUGCUAAGCUGGCUGCUGCCAGGGAUCUGCAGUUCGCUGUGGUAUUGGAGCCGGAUUCGUUGGGUAAUGCGGUGACCAACAUGGGCGUGGAGUUUUGCAAGGAGGCGGUGCCUACGUAUAGGGAAGGUAUCGCGUUUGCGAUUAAGAGCCUGCAGUUGGAUAAUGUGGCGCUGUAUAUCGAUGCUGCGCAUGGUGGGUGGUUGGGGUGGGCUGAUAAUCUGCCUUUGGCCGCCAAAGAAUUCGCCACCGUCGUCUCCCUCGCCAACGCCAACAACGCCCCCGGCUCCAAAAACGCCACAAUCCGUGGCUUCUCCACCAACGUAUCCAACUACAACCCCUACCUAACCUCCAACACCACCCGUCCGCGCGACCCUUACACAGAAUGGUCCCCAUCCUACGACGAGUCUCACUACGCCUCUUCCCUCUCCCCCUAUCUCUCCGAACUCGGCCUGCCCGCGCACUUCAUCAUCGACCAGGGACGAGUAGCCCUGCCGGGCGCUAGGGAGGAGUGGGGCGAGUGGUGCAAUGUUGAGCCGGCGGGCUUUGGACAUGCUCCCACUGCCGAUCAGAAGGUGCUGCAGAAUGAGAAUGUUGAUGCUAUUGUUUGGGUUAAACCUGGUGGGGAGAGUGAUGGGGAGUGUGGAUUGGCGGGAGCGCCGAAGGCGGGGGCGUGGUUUGGGGGGUAUGUGGAGAUGUUGGUGAAGAAUGCGGAUGCGUCUGUGAAGAAUCGGAGGGUGUAG